AUGAAGUCGACCACCUUGCUCACGGCAUCCGUGCUGUUGGGCUAUGCCUCUGCCGAGGUUCAUAAGCUGAAGCUUAACAAGGUUCCCUUGGAGGAGCAGCUUCUCACGCAUAACAUGGACGCCCAUGUCCGCGCUUUGGGCCAGAAGUACAUGGGUAUCCGCCCAUCCAUCCAUCAGGAACUCGUUGAACAGAACCCCAUCAAUGAUAUGAGCCGUCACGACGUCUUGGUGGACAACUUCAUGAAUGCACAAUACUUCUCCGAGAUCGAACUGGGUACUCCCCCCCAGACUUUCAAGGUCGUCUUGGACACUGGCAGCUCGAAUCUGUGGGUCCCAUCCAGUGAAUGUGGCUCUAUCGCCUGCUACCUCCAUAAUAAGUACGACUCGUCUGCCUCGAGUUCGUACCAUAAGAACGGCAGCGAGUUCGCUAUCAAAUACGGCUCUGGUAGCCUGAGCGGAUUCAUCUCCCAGGACACCCUCAAGAUUGGUGACUUGAAGAUCAAGGGGCAGGACUUCGCUGAGGCGACCAACGAACCUGGUCUCGCCUUCGCUUUCGGCCGAUUCGAUGGCAUCCUCGGAUUGGGCUAUGAUACCAUCUCCGUGAACAAGAUUGUCCCUCCCUUCUACAACAUGAUUGACCAGGAGCUCCUUGAUGAGCCGGUCUUUGCUUUUUACCUCGGGGACGCCAACACCGAAGGUGACAGCUCCGUGGCUACCUUCGGUGGUAUUGAUAAGGACCACUACACUGGCGAGCUGAUCAAGAUCCCCCUCCGCCGCAAGGCUUACUGGGAGGUUGACCUUGAUGCCAUCGCUCUUGGUGACGAUGUUGCUGAGCUCGAGCACACCGGUGUCAUUCUGGACACUGGCACUUCCCUGAUUGCCCUGCCCGCUGACCUUGCGGAGAUGAUCAAUGCCCAGAUCGGUGCCAAGAAGGGCUGGACUGGCCAGUACACCCUCGACUGCGCGAAGCGCUCGUCCCUGCCCGACGUUACCUUCACCCUUAGCGGCCACAACUUCUCGAUUUCUGCAUUCGACUACACCCUGGAGACCCAGGGCUCCUGCAUCAGUGCCUUCAUGGGCAUGGACUUCCCCGAGCCCGUGGGCCCCUUGGCCAUUCUGGGCGAUUCGUUCCUGCGCAAGUGGUACAGCGUGUAUGACCUCGGCAACAGCGCCGUUGGUCUUGCCAAGGCCAAGUAAAGGUGAUCUGGCACAUAUGACCCUUCCUCAGCGUGAUGAUUUUAUUUGUAGCUGGAGAUUUCGGAGCCGGGCUGGCUUGAUCUAUUUUUUGCAGACGCACAAGGACGUAAUUUUGCGGAUGGUUCCCUCAUGUUUCCAGCGGUUGCCGGAUAAGCUCUAGGGAUCUCCAAUGGAAUGCCGGUGAUAUGGGUUUAUUUACG